UUGGUUCCAUUCAACUUGAACAGCAAUUGCCUUUUUAUCUCUCUCUCUAAAAAUCUCUCCACUUUUGUAUUUUGGAUGUGGUUUGUGCUUAGCUGGUGUUAAAAAUUUAAUGGAGUCAAUAUGGGGGUUUGAUUUUCCUUCCUUUGUUUGAUAAAUAAAGUAGAAAGUUAGAGACACAGCGAACGUGCUCUUCUUUGUCCUGACGCCUCAACUAAACUUCACGCUUUCAAGUAAAUAGUGCAUGAUUAGAGUUUUCUGUAAUAUUGUUUUUUUUUUUUUUAAUUCCUUUGCAAUCAAGGCCUCAAAGCAAAGGAAGGCUUGUAGGGAUGGAGAGACUUCUUGGAAUUUGAGCCUCUUGUCCAUCUUUUGAGAACUGCAACGCGCCAUGCUUGUUGUCUAAGUAGUGAGAGAUAUUUUCCUUCUGGAAUUCUGGGUUCUCUUCUCUCUGUCCGGUGUAGAAAUUUGGGGAGGCAGUUUUGGAGAGAGGAGAGAGAGGAAAGGGGGUAUCGGUUGUGUUCCCUUGGUUGUAUUUGUAGAAAUUUCGACAUUUCUUGGAAAUGUAGAAAUGUCUGUAUAGAGAGAAGGGGAUUUGGCUUCUCAUUCUUGUUUCUGGCUGAUAUUUGAAUCACGAAAAACAAUGCUAUAAUGAUAAUUUACUCCAAGUUUAGAGUGCCCUUUUGUUUCUACAGCAGGAAAAGUGGUUCUGAAACUUGGGGAUUUUCUAGUUCGGGCUUGAAGUGGGAAAAAGGGAGAGGGCGAGAAGCAGAGAAAGAAGCCUUCUUGAUGGGUCUGAAGAUGCAGAGCCACCACUCAGUGGCGGUGAGGUUGAACGAGCAGAUGGGUACCAAAAGAGGCUACACAUUUAUUCAAGCCAACAGGGCUUGGCUUCCAAAAUUUCUGGUGUUCUGGAUCAUGUUGAUGGCCGUUUUCAGUAACUUCGUCUACAAUAAAAUGGAUGCUGCUAACAAGGAGAGAAGGGAGGAAGUGCUUGUGAGCAUGUGUGAUCAGCGAGCGAGAAUGUUGCAAGAUCAAUUCAGCGUUAGUGUUAACCAUGUUCACGCCCUCGCCAUUCUCGUCUCCACCUUUCAUUAUUACAAAAACCCAUCUGCCAUUGACCAAGAAACUUUUGCUGAGUACACGGCGAGAACAGCUUUUGAGCGGCCUUUACUGAGUGGGGUGGCCUAUGCACAAAGAGUGGCUAAUUCAGAGAGGGAGAGAUUUGAGAAGCAACAUGGGUGGACUAUAAAGACAAUGAAGAGAGAGGCUUCGCCGAUUCGAGACGAGUAUGCACCUGUGAUAUUUUCUCAGGAAACUGUUUCCUACAUUGAAUCACUUGAUAUGAUGUCUGGCGAGGAGGAUCGGGAAAACAUUUUGAGGGCUAGGGCUACUGGGAAAGCCGUCUUGACAAGCCCCUUCAGGCUGCUUGGUUCUCAUCAUCUUGGCGUUGUGUUGACAUUCCCUGUUUACAAGUCCAAGCUUCCUCCCAACCCAACAGUGGAACAGCGCAUUGAAGCAACUGCAGGAUACCUUGGUGGAGCCUUUGAUGUGGAGUCCCUGGUGGAGAAUUUACUUGGGCAACUUGCUGGGAAUCAGGCAAUUUUGGUGAAUGUCUAUGAUGUAACUAAUUCUUCUGAUCCCUUGGUUAUGUAUGGACGCCAAUAUCAAGAUGUUGACAUGUCCCUUUUGCAUGAGAGCAAGCUUGACUUUGGAGAUCCAUUCAGGAAGCACCAAAUGAUAUGUAGAUAUCAUCAGAAGGAACCCACAUCAUGGACAAGCCUCACCACCGCAUUUCUAUUCUUUGUAAUCGGUUUAUUAGUAGGUUAUAUCUUGUAUGGUGCCGCAAUUCACAUUGUUAAAGUUGAGGACGAUUUCCAUGAAAUGCAGGAAUUAAAAGUCCGAGCAGAAGCUGCUGAUGUCGCCAAAUCCCAGUUUCUGGCUACUGUUUCUCAUGAAAUUAGGACACCCAUGAAUGGCAUCCUAGGAAUGCUUGCUCUGCUCCUAGAUACAGAUUUGAGUUCAACCCAGAGAGAUUAUGCUCAAACUGCUCAAGCCUGUGGAAAGGCACUAAUAACAUUAAUAAAUGAAGUUCUUGACCGGGCAAAAAUUGAAGCUGGAAAAUUAGAGCUCGAAGCAGUCCCCUUCAACCUUCGAUCCAUACUAGAUGAUGUCCUCUCUCUAUUUUCUGAGAAGUCUAGGCACAAAGGUCUUGAGCUGGCCGUGUUUGUUUCUGAUAAAGUUCCUGAAAUGGUUAUUGGGGAUCCUGGGAGAUUUCGACAGAUAAUUACAAAUCUUGUGGGCAACUCUGUUAAAUUUACUGAGCGAGGGCACAUAUUUGUUCAAGUCCAUUUAGCUGAACACACAAAGGCUCUAAUGGAUGCUAAAGCUGAGACAUGUUUGAAUGGAGGAUCAGAUGAAGGUUUAGUUUCGAAUGGUGGCAGUCAAUUUAGAACUUUAAGUGGUUGUGAAGCAGCUGAUGACCAGAACAGUUGGGAUAGAUUUAAGCAUUUAAUUUUUGAUGAAGAUUUGCGAUCUGAUACUUCAAAUAUAAUGACGGUCACCAGUGAAGCUUCUGAGAAAGUCGCUUUGAUGGUGUCUGUGGAGGAUACAGGAAUUGGGAUCCCUUUGCGUGCUCAGGGUCGAGUUUUCACACCCUUUAUGCAGGCAGACAGUUCAACCUCUAGAAAUUAUGGAGGAACUGGUAUUGGCCUGAGUAUCAGCAAGUGUUUGGUAGAGCUGAUGGGUGGUCAGAUAAAAUUCAUAAGUCGGCCUCAGAUUGGAAGCACAUUUUCGUUUACUGCCGACUUUGGGAGGUGUAAGAAAAAUGCACUUAGUGAUCUGAAGAAAAGUAAUUCAGAUGAUCUGCCUAUUGGUUUUAGAGGACUAAAAGCAAUUGUAGUUGAUGGAAGACCGGUUAGAGCUACUGUAACCAAGUACCAUCUGAAGAGACUUGGAAUCCUGGUUGAAGUUGCCAAUAGCAUCAAGAAGGCAGUUGCAAUAACCGGAAAAAAUGGUUCUCUGACAUCUGGAAGUGGAAAUCAGCCAGAUAUGAUUCUGGUUGAGAAGGAUUCAUGGAUUUCUGAGGAGGAUGCUGAUCUGAAUCUUCGGCUAUUGGACUGGAAACAGAAUAGACACACAUUGAAAUUACCUAAGAUGAUCCUUCUUGCAACCAAUAUUAGCAGUGCAGAGUUUGAUAAAGCAAAGGCAGCUGGCUUUGCAGAUACUGUGAUCAUGAAACCUUUGAGGGCUAGCAUGGUGGCAGCAUGUCUUCAACAAGUGCUAGGGUUGGGGAAGAAGAGGCAGCAAGGGAAAGACAUGCUUAAUGGAUCUGCUUUUCUUCAGAGCUUACUCUGUGGCAAAAAAAUAUUGGUUGUUGAUGACAAUAAGGUAAACCGCAGAGUGGCUGCAGGUGCACUCAAAAAGUUUGGGGCUGAUGUGGAGUGUGCUGAGAGUGGCAAAGCUGCAUUGCAAUUGCUUCAGUUACCACACAACUUUGAUGCUUGCUUCAUGGAUAUUCAGAUGCCAGAAAUGGAUGGGUUUGAAGCAACACGUCGAAUACGGCUGCUCGAGAGUAAGGCAAAUGAACAGAUGAAUGGAGGAUGCACCCCUGAGGGAGCUGCUACAAAAGGUGAGUGGCAUGUGCCAAUAUUAGCCAUGACAGCUGAUGUGAUUCACGCCACAUACGACAAGUGCCUGAAAUGUGGGAUGGAUGGCUAUGUCUCAAAGCCUUUUGAGGAAGAGAAUCUGUAUCAGGCGGUUGCGAAGUUCUUCAAAUCCAAACCCAUUUCAGAAUCGUAACUCGAUCCCCUCCAGUAAUUGCUGCAAUUAUAAAUUUGACAGUUUUGUGGGCUGCACAGUACCAACAAUUUUUCCACGCUCUGCUGGUGUGUUUUGGCUUAAGGGUGGUUCCCUUGGAUUUGUGUUUGUAGACCGGCAUUGAAUACUGGUUUGGGCAGUCAUUUCUAACCAACUUCAAUUUAACUUGAUAACCGUCGAGGUGUAUACUACAGAAUCCUCCGACCCCACUUGUGUAUAGAUGUUUAGAAGGGGUGGGAGUCACAGUGUAAAUCAGAUAUUCUUGUAUGCUUUCCUUGAAACUUAUAUUUUGGCGAGCUAGUCUCGAUACCUUCAUUUGUAUAAUUUUAUUUUAUACCAGACCUUUUGCUUCCCAUGAAAA